AAAAAACUCGCAUGUGUGGAAUUUGUCCAAAGUGCAAAAAAAAAAAGCUCGCACGUGUGGGAUUGUCUUUUAGUUCUCACGUGCGAACACGAACCAGAGAGACUCAACUUUCUCUUCUGAUCUCUGCUCUAGCUUUUGGUCAAAUCGUCGGAGAUAAAUAAAGUUUUUGAUUGACGUCAAUCGUACGAAGGCGAAUCUGGGGAGAGAUCGACGAUGGAGAAUAACACGGACGUCUCUAUUCAUGAUUUCCUGGAGCGGAUGCGCAAACCCUCCGCCGCCGAUCUUGUUAAAUCCAUUAAAAGUUUCCUUGUUUCAUUAUUGAACAAUGAUCCAGACCCGGAGAAGGAUUCAGCUUUAGUUCAGGACUUCUUUUCCAAGAUGGAAGCUGCUUUCAGGUCUCAUCCACUUUGGUCCGGUUGUUCUGAAGAUGAACUAGACAGCGCUGGAGAUGGCCUAGAGAAGUAUGUCAUGACAAAGCUGUUUCCUCGUGUCUUUGCUUCGAACACCGAGGAUGUUAUAUCUGAUGAGAAACUCUUUCAGAAGAUGUCUUUGGUUCAACAGUUCAUUUCUCCUGAGUAUUUGGAUAUAAAACCAACUUUCCAAAACGAAACAUCCUGGCUGCUAGCUCAGAAAGAGCUCCAGAAGAUAAACAUGUACAAAGCUCCUCGUGAUAAGCUUGUCUGUGUCCUUAACUGCUGCAAAGUGAUCAACAACUUACUGCUUAACGCUUCCAUUGCUUCAAAUGAGAAUGCACCUGGAGCCGACGAGUUUCUCCCUGUCUUGAUAUAUGUUACUAUAAAGGCUAAUCCUCCACAGCUUCACUCAAAUUUGUUGUAUAUACAAAGAUAUAGGCGUGAAUCUAAACUUGUUGGUGAAGCUGCCUACUUCUUCACAAACAUACUCUCUGCAGAGUCUUUCAUCUCAAAUAUUGAUGCAAAGUCACUUUCAAUGGAGGAAGCUGAGUUUGAGAAGAGCAUGGAAUCUGCACGGGGACGUAUCUCUGGGUUAAGCAGCCAGUCUACUACUGCAGCACCACCACCUCGUGACGAGACCACUGUUCAUAAAACUCAAAUGCUGAACCCCAAGAGAGAAGCCACUCUUUUCCAGUCAAGAUCGUCUGAUAGUCUCUCUGGAACCAGUGACAUACUCAACGCACCCAACAGUGAAAUACCAAUGAAGAAAGCUGAAUCCGUUUCAGAUUUGGAAAAUAAGGGUGCUGCAAGGCUUCUGAAGGAUACAGAGGCAAGCAAAAUCUUCCAAGAGUAUCCUUACUUGUUUGCCAGUGCUGGUGAUCUGAGGGUAGGAGAUGUUGAAGGCUUGUUAAAUAGUUAUAAACAGAUUGUGUUCAAAUAUGUGUGUCUUGCGAAAGGAGUGGGUGAUGCAACAACAUCUUUAGCUUCUUCAUCAAGUCCACCCUUGCAAGCUUUGUCCGGUUUUGAGACGGCUAAGGAAUCUGAGGAGAGUACGACAUUAUCUUCAGAUGUUAGGGAAACUGACAGGAGCGUGGAUGAUCUGCUUCGAGCUCUACAGGGUGAAGGGGAAGCUGUUGUUAAUAAGGUCUUAGAUGUAAAACAAGAAGUUUUGGCAGAAGAACAAACAUGAAGGAGAUGCCACAAAAAAAAUUGAUUUGAUGAAGUAAGCUCCAAAGAGUGAGUGUGUCAAUCCAAGUACACGACCUGCAGGAGAUGAGAGAAAUUAAUGAAUCAAUUUGUAGGAAACAUAGAAAAUGUUUCUCUUCUUGAACGAAUGGGGCCAUCCGAAAAAUGCUUUACUUACAAUCUUGUUUUCUUAAAUAAUAUUUUCUACUAUAUUUUAAAACUGUGGAAAGCAAAGACAAAUAAUUUAAAAAUAGUAAUUUCUGUUUUGCAAAACAAAAUUUGCAUUAUUGUAUUCGAUACUUGGUUGGUCUGCACAGAGAUUUUUUAUUUUGUUAAGUGUUUGAAUUUACAUUUAUUUC